UCGGGGCCCUCUGGGAAACGGAGUCCCGGCCCUUGGCCCGUGGGGUGGGGUGGGCUAGGAUCACAGAGUCGUUAGGGUUGGAAGACACCUUCAAGAUCGUCUGCUCCAACCAUCCCUACACCGCCAAUGUCACCCACUAAACUGUAGUGAGUGAAGUCUUGUUUGUUCAUUGAACGUUGCUGGUGAAGGUUUCAGCGGUUGAUUGCCUUUACCCACAGUAUCCUGUUGAAUAAACCCGUAUGGUAAUUUUCCGUUAAGUUAACAAUUGCAGCGGAAACCAACUCCAAAUAAGGGCAAAAUGACAUCCCUCUCGCAUGAAAGCGCACAUACCGCAGCGAGGUCGUGAACCCCAACACAGAGGAAGACGAUGAUCCUCAUCCCCGCGACCACCAGAGGGCUGGCGAAGACCCCCUAGCAACAGGCCGCGCAGCCGUAGAAGGCGCCAGGAUGUGCCCAGUAACCCCGGAACUGCUAGGUUAUAAAUCGGGGCUCUGGCGGGCUUUAGGCGCGCGUCGUUGGUGAAGCUGAGACUCCCCGGCCGCCCAGCGCUGUUUGACUUGCCGCCGCUUGCUCGACAAUCAGAUAAAACCCUGCAAUUGAUAAAGCUAAAAUGCUGUCUAAAUUAAUAUAUAACAAAUUGGUGCCCUGACUCGGAUAGCGGUAAUUUGGCGAGGGCUCGCAGGGGAGGCGCCCCGCUGAUUUAGCGGCCCCUGUUUGGAGACCUCUCCGCCAGAUACCUCUACCGACGAACCCAAAACUUCGGCGACAAGUAAAUAAAAGCCGGCAAACCCUGUAAUCUUUGUGCACGAAGACCCGAACGAAGACUCAGGAGUGAACACAGCUGUCCGGACAGCCGAGAAAGGAUGGACUCACGCCAGCCGAGUUAAAGGACCAAUAAUGGAGGGAUGGUGGAGAGUGACCAGCCGACCUGGAGACUUGAGGCUGACCCUGCGAAAAGGGACUGAUGAGUGAAUUCGCAAUCGUAUGAUCGGUAACCCUCUCUAAGGAAUAAUAGGUUCAUUGUAAACGAAACUGGGAAGUAGGGGAAGGGAAAUUCCUUAAUGUACCAAGACCCAUACAUCAGAAGGGUAAUGCGCCUAAGGAGGAGUGAGUAACUGGAACUGGGAGUGGCUGGAACAGGGAAAUCGGUACCUAGGCCCCUGAAGAUUACCCUUGCUGCCGUGAAGAAAGUGAACCCCGCUGCUUAAAGCAACCAAGUAGGCAGGCGAGGCAGAGGGGUACAACAGCGGGGAGAAUUACUUGGUACCCACCCCUAUUUGAGAUGAUGGAGUCUGGCCGAAUAAACUGCCCUAGUACCCACCAUAGCUCGAAGCCGCCUCCCCAGAAUUACAGAAGGACGUUGCCCUUCUGGUGUAUGUUGGCGCUACCUCUCCUACUGAAUAUCAUCCCCUGUCCGGCUGGGGCCGACGAGGGAUAUUCACACCAGCCCUUUAAGUGGACCCUGGGUAGCUGGGAUGACUUGAAGAUCCUCAAAACUAAUAUUACGGCAGGCGCACCAUCUUUCAACAUAACCAAUUGCGAAUUACUCGGGACGGUACUAGGAUACGGAGGAAAUACGGAACACCACCUGUGUAGUCCCCUGAGACAAUACUCCUGGGGGGCUUCCAAUGCGAAGGCUACCUAUUGGUGUCCUAGCUCAAACCCGGGAAAAAGUUACUGUAACUAUCCAGGGCACUAUUUUUGCGCAUACUGGGGCUGUGAAACCAUAGCUACUCCGAGGUGGUGGAGUCACCCUCCCGAUAAGUAUCUCAAUGUUACUUGGAUACCGGAAGGUUGCCGUGAGCCUACUUACAGUUAUGACGGUAGCGUGAACAACGCCGGAACUUGUAAAUCUCUGAGGGUUACAGUAUUACAACCUAACGAUCGAGGAUGGGAGGUAGGGAAAACCUGGGGUGUAAGGUUCUGGGAACCUGGAGCCGAUAGAGGAGGCUUCAUAUUUAUAAAAAAGGAGGUCGCACCACCGGAUCCUCCUGUAUUGGUGGGACCCAACCUGGUAUUGAACCCAAGCUUGGAUGAAGAGGGUAUCGAGGACAAGUAAUAAUCAUCCCAAAGAUACUCUAUACCCAGAGAAUUUUAUGUAUGACAGUCAGAUCAAUCAAGAACACCAUUUGACAAAACGGGAACCAAUUUCCACACUGACAGUGGCUACCCUAAUGGUUUCGGGGGGUGCAGGGGUAGGCACAGGAGUUGCUUCGCUAAUCAAACAAGGAAGAGAGUUCACCUCUCUAAGAGCAGCUGUGGAUGAAGAUUUAGCCAGAAUUGAGAAAUCUAUCAGUGCUUUAGAAAAAUCUAUAAGGUUGUUAUCCGAAGUGGUAUUACAGAAUCGCAGAGGACUAGAUUUAUUGUAUUUACAACAAGGGGGAUUGUGCGCCGCUCUCAGGGAGGAAUGCUGUAUAUAUGCUGAUCAUACUGGGAUUGUGAGGGAUACCAUGACCAAACUUAGAGAAGGGUUGGAAAGGAGGAGGCCCAGCAAAGUUCGCCUGAGUCCUGGUUUAAUCACUCUCUGUGGCUCACCACUUUGUUAUCAACAAUAGCUGGCCCCCUGAUUUUAUUAACCCUAGGACUGAUGUUUGGUCCUUGUAUCCUUAACAGAGUCAUAGCUAUUGUAAAAGGUAGACUGGAGGCUGCUUAUCUAAUGCUUAUGAGGACAAAGUACGAAUCAAUAAACGAUAGACCUGUAUUAGAGGAAACAUUAAUCCUGAGUCAAUUGGAACUGAAUAGAUUUAAUGAACAAAAUGAUACAGAGAAAAAGGGGGGAUUGUAAUGAGUGAAGUCUUGUUUGUUCAUUAAACAUUGCUGGUGAAGGUUUCAGCGGUUGAUUGCCUUUACCCACAGUAUCCUGUUGAAUAAACCUGUAUGGUAAUUUUCUGUUAAGUUAACAAUUGCAGCGGAAACCAACUCCAAAUAAGGGCAAAAUGACAUCCCUCUCGCAUGAAAGCGCACAUACCGCAGCGAGGUCCUGAACCCCAACGCAGAGGAAGACGAUGAUCCUCAUCCCCGCGACCACCAGAGGGCUGGCGAAGACCCCCUAGCAACAGGCCGCGCAGCCGUAGAAGGCGCCAGGAUGUGCCCAGUAACCCCGGAACUGCUAGGUUAUAAAUCGGGGCUCUGGCGGGCUUUAGGCGCGUGUCGUUGGUGGAGCUGAGACUCCCCGGCCGCCCAGCGCUGUUUGACUUGCCGCCGCUUGCUCGACAAUCAAAUAAAACCCUGCAAUUGAUAAAGCUAAAA